AAACUUCAUUCCAUUCCACUCAGUAUCUUCUCUCCGUGAGCUAAGAAAACUGAGUGUCAUUUUUCUCUUACAUAUCAACCUAUUGCAGAUAGAAUAGCAGAAAUCACACAAGAGAAAAUCAUGCUAAAAGCAGUAUUAGACGCAGAAGAAGAAUAUCCUGUCCGAGUCUCACCUCCACAAUUCUCGACACCUGCAAGAUGUGAAAGUAGUUCCCAUGACUGCAGGUGGCAACCCUAUGCCAACGCAAAAGAUUUUGAAGCCAAUGCUGCUAUGAUCCUCAUUAUCCUCUUCUGCGCACUCAUCUCUGCUCUUAUUCUCAAUGCUGUCAUCCGCUGCUUCCUAAGUAGCCGCCGCUCAUCUCGCUCGCCCCCCAGCCUUCCUGAGGUCCAACUGGAAUCCAGCUCCAUCGCAGCUGCAGACAAACAAGUGGCCCCUCCCACUCUGGUGUUUUCAUCAGGGAUGAAGCUGGCAGGAGCAGAGGCUGAGUGUGCUAUUUGCUUGUCCGAGUUCGUGGAGGGAGAGGGAAUCCGGGUGAUGGGGCAGUGCAAGCAUGGUUUCCACGUCCAGUGCAUCCAAGAGUGGUUAUCUUCCCACUCCUCUUGUCCCACUUGCAGAGGUAGUUGUCUUCCCACUUCAGCCCAUCUACCAACCAAAGCCACCGGAGACGAACCCUUGGAAGUGUGAACAUUUUUCAAGCAAUUUUCUUCUGUUUCUUACUGUAAUUGAUCUAUAUUAUGAAUCAUUACUAGGAUUGCCAUUACCAAUUAUGUCCAUUAAUAGGGUAUUCUAGGAUUGGAACUCUUCUCUCUGUGAAAUAGUGGACCACUGCAGUUGCAGAUUC